ACAGAGCACCCAGGGGGCUUGAUCCCUGUCUUCAGACUGGAGGAGGUGUGGCGCGGGAUCCAGCGGGACGUGUGCGCCCAGCUGGAGGCCGUGAUAGCGGCCACGGUCGCCUCGCCUGAGGCCCGCUCUCCCGCCCUCCUCCUGCAGCUUAAGCAGACAGCCUUGCUCCUGGCCUCGACACUGGGGGAAGACUGUUUCCGCUUUGACACCCGCCCUCUGAUGGAGACACUGCGAGGCCCCUUGCGCGAAGGAUUACAGGCCGCGGAGGAGCUCUCUGUGGAUGCCAGGUGUCGGCUGGUGCUGGAGCAGCAGGAGUUCCAGCCCUUGAGCGUGACUUGCGAGGAAGAGUAUCGGUCUCUGGUUCUUCCCUACGGCCUGGACUGGGAAAACGCGUACGUGCUGGAGGGCGGCGCGGACGUGGGGGAGCAAGGGGAGGGGCGGAGAGGCGAGUUGGAGGAGUCGAGCACGGUGAGGAGUGCGAUGCGCGGCUAUCGCACCGGAAGAACUCCCAGGAGAGGAGGCACGAAGGUGGGUAGAGGGGUCCGGUACCCCCGGGCCUUUCCUUUCUCUGUAAUGGUCCCUCGCCUCUCCAGGGAGCUCUACCGCACCGCGUCGCUCUGCUUUCUGUACGGGCUCCAGCUUCAGCAUCCCGCGGCCAUGGAGACGACCUUGCUUGUAUUGAUAGAGAAGGGGUUGGCCACCGUUCGCCGGCUCCUGGACGAGGAGCUGGCGGGCGCCGGUGGCAAGGCGGCGGACAUCCCCAUCUCCAAGGCCUGCCAGGUCUCCGUCGACGCCAUGGCCCUGGCCCGUGUGACCACAGCCUUCGAGGCGAUGCUGAUCUCUGCAGCGGCGCAUUUUUUCAACUCGACGGAGGCCGCGUCCAAGAGUAUCCCAGCAAUACUGGGGGCAGGGCGCCGGGCGCUGGAGGAUACAAGCAUUGCUGCACAGCACCUGGUGUAUGAGCUGAUCCAGAAAAAGAUUGACGAGCUGCUGGAGGGAAUAUGCUUCAUCGAAUGGGAGCCCACCAAGCUGGCGAGCGGGGCACGUUCAUACGUUGAAGAUGUCGUCAGCUACCUGCAGGUGACUUUCAUGUGCCUCACGUACAUGCCGAAGGAAGCCAGGGACGGACUGCAUUUUGCGUCCUGCACUCACAUCCACGCGGUGAUGUUGGCCACGCUUCUGGACCCCCACAAGGUUCGGGCGGUCAAUACGACAGGACUAUAUAAUCUGAGCUUGGAUGUGGCUGCAUUGGAAGCCUUUGCUGACGCUUGUGGUGUCCUCCAGCUCCGCGAGUGCUUCGCCGAGCUCCAUCAGACCCUAGGCGCCCUCUUGCAUCAAGACAUUCACACUCUCAUGCUCGAUGCCAGUCUUCGCGAAGGGGUGUAUCCUAAAAUCCGAACAGCUCAUCUUGUGAAUAUUCUGGAAAGGUACAAACCACUGGGACUCCUGGCCCAGGUAAAGAACCAACAAGGAGGCGCAGGCCAUGGCGGGGGGGGAAGGGGUGUUGAUCUUCCGUAUCUGGACAAAAAAAAGGCUGCUGA